GACCAUUCCUACUUUGUGUUACCAUAUCUAAUUCAAGAUCGCUUUCCCCUCUCAUUAUCAAAUUCCCCUUCCCAUAAGAAACCGCUUCCUAUUCGUUUGUAUCAAUAAUUCAUCAUUAAAAAACUGUCCCAUUGUUUCAUCCUACUUGAAUACUCUUUCAUGGCUCCUUUUGCCGUUUCAUGUAUUCUGUGCACAAGAUCUUUCAUGUCUUCUUGAUCGAUCGUCUGUUUUUUACUGUAACUUCGUUGACUCUUGUAAUUGGUAUAAAACUAUAACCAGUUAUGGCAUACCCAUGUCUUAAUUUGUAGAUCAAUUGUGGGUUUUGUUGAAGAAUCGAUGUUGCAAGUUAAGAAUUUAGUGGAAAUCAGAUGUGGGUGAUUCGUAGUGGAGCAAUGCGUAUGGGUUGUUUCGGUGCUUUUGAUGCAUGUAAAGCAAGAAAUAAAAAGCUUCCAGAUGAUAUUUCUACUGACAACGUUAAACAGUUCUCAUAUAAUUCAUUGAGAUCGGCUACAAGGGACUUUCAUCCAUCAAAUAGAAUUGGUGGAGGUGGUUUUGGAGUUGUUUAUAAGGGGAUUUUGAGGGACGACACUCAUAUUGCAGUCAAGUCGCUUUCUGCUGAAUCAAAACAAGGGACACUUGAAUUCUUGACAGAGAUCAAAACGAUUUCAGGCAUCCGACAUCCAAAUCUUGUUCAACUUAUAGGUUGUUGUGUGGAGGAUGGUCACCGAAUUUUGGUAUAUGAGUACCUCAAAAACAACAGUCUUGCUAGUGCUUUACAUGGCUCAAGAGGCAAACACUUGGACCUUGAUUGGGCUACACGAGCUCAUAUAUGCAAGGGCACUGCAUCAGGUCUUGCAUUUCUCCACGAGGAAGCGGAACCACAUAUUGUCCAUAGAGACAUAAAGGCAAGUAAUGUACUUCUUGAUGGAAGUUUUGAUCCCAAAAUAGGAGAUUUUGGACUCGCAAAACUUUUCCCCGACAAUGUCACUCACGUUAGCACUCGAGUUGCUGGAACAGUGGGAUACUUGGCUCCAGAGUACGCUUUAUUGGGUCAACUUACAAAGAAAGUGGAUGUAUAUAGUUUUGGAGUACUUAUGCUUGAAAUUAUAAGUGGUAGAAGUAAUAGUAAGGCGGCCUUUGGCGAGGAUCUCCUGGGUCUCGUUGAGUGGGCAUGGAAGCUAAAAGACGAAGAAAGACUUCUAGACAUUGUGGACCCUGACCUAACAGAAUGUCCAGAUGACGAAAUUAUGCGAUUUAUUAUAAUUGCACUCUUUUGUACACAAGCGGUUUCAAACCAAAGACCAUCAAUGAGGCAAGUAGUUGAGAUGCUCACCAAAAAAGUCAACCUCAACAUUAGAUUGUUGACCGAACCGGGGAUAUACAAGCCAAAUUCAUCAUCUAGUCGUUCUAAAGGUGGUGUGUCACAAGCAACAACAAAAAGUGGAGCAUUUAAUGGUCAUCACUAG